ACUGGUUUUCCCCGACCAGACUAGUCCCAUCCUAACCAUUCAGAUUUUAAUUUGUACACGUCCUCUCUCUCAUACACACUCUCUUUCUUACCCCAUUUAAGAAAAAUAAUAAUAACAAAGUUUCUUUUCUUUAUUUAACCUUUAUGAUUCUCUGUCUUAUAUUCUUCUGGGUCUUCUGUAAAUCCUUGAUCUAGCUUGUUUCACUUUGUUUCAGUCAAGAAACUCUCCUCUCUAUAAAUCUACUAAGCAAACACAAAGGACAGUCACAAUUUUAUUUUUUUUUAUAAAAAAAUGUCAAUGGACAUGAUGGCAACCGAACGUGUUUGUUAUGUUCACUGCAACUUCUGCAACACCACUCUAGCGGUUAGUGUUCCAUGCAGCAGUUUGCUCACCAUAGUUACGGUUAGAUGUGGACACUGUGCCAAUUUGCUGACAGUUAACAUGGGAGCAUCACUUCAAACUUUUCCUUCUCAAGACACUACUCAGCGAUUUUCUACCGUUGGUAAGUUACAGAGACAGCAUCUAAGUGUUCAAGAAGCAUGCAGCAAGGAACUAGGAUCAUCAUCAAAGUGCAAAUCAUUUGAGACUGUAGACCAUGAGCAGCAACCUAGGAUUCCUCCCAUUCGUCCUCCUGAGAAGAGACAACGUGUUCCUUCUGCUUAUAACCGGUUCAUUAAGGAAGAAAUACAAAGAAUUAAGGCUAGUAAUCCAGAUAUCAGCCACAGGGAAGCAUUUAGCACAGCAGCCAAAAACGGCUUUUGUAGGGCAAACACACACAUGAUUUGGCGUGUCUAUAUAUAUAGAAAAACAUCUAAUUUCUCUUUUGCAACCAUUAGUGGGCACAUUUCCCUCACAUUCACUUUGGGUUAAAGCUAGACGGCAAUAAGCAAGCAAAGUUGGACCAGGGUGAUGGUACUCAAAAGUCUAACGGAUUUUACUGAUUACAUAUAUAUAAACGGAAGUUUAUCAUUAUCAACUGGUUUUUUCUGUGCUUGACCUAAAUCAGUGAAAAAUGAGGUUGAUCAAAUUUCCUAAUCAUACCAACUGGAUGGGAAGACUCUCCUGAAAAUUGACCUCAGCAUCUCACCCAUCUUUAAUAUAUAUUAUUAUUAUAAUAUGUAUGCAUGUGUUGCGCGCCCUAUUCUAGAUGUUAUGAAAUGAUUGCUAUUCUUGUGAUUGCAUUAAAUUACUAUGUUGAACUUAGUCUCUUAAGUAAUUAAACAUUAUUGUAAGUUUCCUUCUCUUUAUAAUAAUGUGUCUUUCUAUUUAGUAACAA